AUGGAUGGAGGACCGCAGUUCGCUUCAUCAACAUUGCGGCGUUUCCUUGCUCGAUGGGGGGUGGAACACCGCGUGACAUCGCCCUAUAAUCCAAAAGCAAAUGGUCAUGCCGAAGCUACCGUGAAGAUUAUCAAGAAGUUGAUUUUGACGACCACAGGAAAUGGCAAGCUGGAUGAGGAUGAGUUCGCACGAGGGCUUCUUGAGCUCAGGAAUACUCCACGGGCGGAUGGCAGAUCUCCAGCGCAAAUCUUGUUUGGACAUCCUUUGCGUUCCAGGAUUCCGGCUCAUCAUCGUUCAUUUGCAAAGGAAUGGCAACGUACAGCUGACGAAUGCGACAUAAAAGCUAAGCACCUUCGGCAGCAGGCAAAGGAACGGUAUGAUGCCACUGCUAGACCACUCUCUAAGCUGAACCUUGGUAUGUACGUGGAUCUGCAGGACCCUAAGACAAAACGAUGGGACAAACCAGGAGUUGUGGUCGGAAUUGGCACGAGGAGGGAUUACCUCGUGAAGACUGGGAGUGGGCGCAUCUAUUGGAGAAAUUGGAGGUUCCUACGACCUCAUCACCCUUUUUUGCCAGGAGACAAUAUUUCUUCGCCUAUCUCGGUGUUGGGUGGCGAAGCUUCAGGAUAUGGAGAGCGUAGAUCACCUGCAACAUCACCUAAGCCUGAUACUCAGUUAUCAGUUGCCUUACCAGUACGACGUAGUGGACGUCAGACACGGGCACCAGAGCGUUUAGAAAUAAGAUGGGACUCGAAAUCAUAUAAUAAAUAA